AUGAGCAGUGGAUUGCUGCUUGCCGGCCUUGGAAUGGCCGCCGUUGGAUUUGGAGCCCGUUAUGUGCUACGGAAUCAGGCGGUAUUGAAGAAGGGUCUCGAGAAGAUUCCCGGCGGAGCGUUCGACAAGUAUUAUCGCGGCGGAUUCGAGGCGAAAAUGUCGCGACGAGAAGCCGCGCUGAUCCUCGGCGUUCCGGCAUCGGCGAAACCGCAAAGAAUCAAGGAGGCGCACAAGAAAAUCAUGAUAGUGAAUCAUCCAGAUCGAGGCGGCUCGCCAUAUUUGGCAGCGAAAAUCAACGAAGCGAAGGAUUUGAUGGAAUCGACGAAAAGCUGA